UGUACCCAAAUGGCCACUGGGAUCUUCUUAAUAUACGGCUCCAUGUCCCACACCACAUACAGUGCUUGUCGGACCUACAGCGCCAGGCUGCACUUGCCGUAUGUGACAUACAGCGAUGAGCCCUUCACGUCACUUGUAGACGUUGAUUCGCCCGGUUAGUUAAUGUAUACCUAAAACGGUUAUCUUAAUACGAUUGCCCCUUUAUACAUUCAGCCUUGUAACAAGACAGAGACCCCAUUUUCUCCCCAUAGACCAAUGCGGAUUCUUCCGAAUGCAACGUUUUCUUUGGAAAGUCCGUUGUUGACCACAUCGUCCAUUGCUACUGGUAUGGCGAAGAUGCUGCCUCAAAAUCCUUUAAGAAAUUUUUAGAAUUUUCUUCUUUUACCUUUUUAGUGCGUUUAGACUCGUUUAGACUCGUUUAGACUCGUUUAGACUCGUUUAGACUCGUUUAGACUCGUAUUCGAAAGAUGGGCUUUGUAAUUUUUUUAAUGUAAAUAUUGAAGAGUCACGCACACGCCUCAUUAUUUGACUUUGGCAGAUGAAGACAAUGAAGACAAUGAAGACAAUGAAGACAAUGAAGACAAUGAAGACAAUGAAGACAAUGAAGACAAUAUCCCAGAGAGAGAUCUUCUUCUCCUCACCAAGCCGUCUUACGUGGAUGCCGUGGCCGAGCUGAUCCAAGUCUUCGGUUGGAGAAGAAUCGAUUACAUUUACAGCAACUUUGAAGGUUUGUGUUUUGACAAUUGA